GUUUUUUGUCGUUCGUUAGAAUCGUAUGUAUUCACUUUCCGGUACUUCCCCUGAUUUUCGACAGCAUGCAGCACACUUUCUUCUUUCUCCGUUUAUGCAGAAUACAUAUUUUCUGCUUCGUAACUCGCAGCAACUGAAAAUAUGCAGCAACCAAAAUUCGGCAACGCGAACCUGCUGAACAAAAACAGAAUGGACAGAUUGUGUAGACAAUCAAACAACGGAAUGAAACUAGAGGAUAACAUGGACAUAAAUAAGAAAGUCAAUCGAUUCGGACCGCAAGGGACAGGACAAGUAACUACAUUUCAAUCUCGAGAAAAUUUCUGGAGUAGAGGGCCAGCCAGCAAAAGAUCGACUUCUCCCGCACUGUCUGUAGUGUCAGUGGCCUCUUCUGCUGACUCUUGGUGCAAAAAGUAUGAAAAGAAGAGAUCUACGCCUAAUGACAAAUUGAAGAAUGUUAACGUCCGGCAUACAUGGAGAGCAAGCAGACCCACAGAUAUCAAGUCUGAUUUCUCGGAUGACUCUGAUGACGAAGGAAAAGCCCGAUUUGAAGUCAAGAAAGGGCCCAAGGACUGUCAAAACUAUAAAAGAGCAGACUUAACCCAGUUGAAAGAUAUCACUUUUUCUACCUUUGAGACAGCAACUACAGAUCUGGGGAGGAAUGUGAGGUGGAGUUUAGAACGAAAAGACUUUUUCGGACUCAGCGAAGGUGUCUUUUGUGGAAAUCGUGUUGCCACUAAGUAUCUUCAUCUGCCUAAAGACCCUUCAAAUGUAAACCUAGAUUUGAACAUCAUGCAACCUGAAGACUUGCGCAAUUUUCCAGUCAACAUAAAUGAGAAUAUUAAUGAGAUCACCAUGUGGGUCAUGGAUAAUUUCCCAAAACCAACAAGUUUUGAGCAUGCCUACCCCGAAGUUGGUUUUGUGUGCUCUAGAUUAGAACUUGACCACAUCAUGAGCAUACCCUACUUGCACGACAAAACUUUUGACUUUGAACACAGCUUCGGCUUCAUCAUUUCGGCUGUAAAAGUGAAGGGGAAGAUUUACCUCUCUACGUUUUACACGGACGAAGAGAAGAGCAUAAGAGCAGAGACAAAAGAGUUCAAGGGUGCAUAUUUGCCUUUGAACAGUAGCACUGCUGGAUUUAUGUUUCUAAAGCAUGUCCUGUCGAAUGGACCGAAUGAGCUGCCAAAAUUGGAUGUACCUUUCAAUAGAAGAGAGUCUGAGCUAUACAGUGUGGACAAAGUAACUGUAGGGGAUCAUGUCCUGCUGGUGCAAAACAAAUUCAAAGCCAUUCGUUCAGAGGAAGAACUAGAAGAGUUCAGCAAAUACAAGAUGUUCGAACUAAAGACGGCUACUAAACCAUAUAAACUGAGGAACAUGUUCCCAAAAUUACUUCGGUGUUUGGCAGGGAAUAUUAGCAGUACCAUUAUUGGGGUGAGAAGCAACAACUGCAAGAAAAUUGAGAAGAUCGAGGAAUUAUCACAAGAAGAACUUCUCCAAAUCUGUCAACAACUCUUCAAAGAGAGCCACCCUGAUAGUACCGUUGUGCAUCCGAGGAUCGAGGUGUGUCUGCAAGCUGUAUCUAAGUUUCUCAACUCUAUCAAGAAGAUCAUCACUGAAGAUACACCUAAAGAUACAGUUUACACAUUUAAGUACUCUCCAGCUUGCAAGGGUAAGAUGACUUGCACCAAAAGAGUGGGAAGACAAAACGUCAGGCACUUUCAGUUCAUCACUAGUGACUUUUUUAACUGGGUGAAAUAGUGUAUAGGAUAAAAUUUGUGUGCUCCAAAGCUAAACUUCUACUUAUGAUGAUAUGUGUUGAGAAAUUGAUACUUGAAAACUAGUGAGCACUAGAGUGUGCUAAUUUAAGUUGAAUACUCUUAUAUGUUCCCAUUGACUUAUAUUUAUAUUCACUAAUUAAUAAUGUAUGUGCUAUAUAAGCAACUUGAGCUUGAUUUAAAAUUUAAAUUAGAAUAUAUGGUCUGAAUCAUAACCCCAAAGAUUAUUUUUUAACGCAUUACCAAUCUUUAUAUGCUGCGCUCUGUACAAUUUAGCAAAGUUUCUGUAAAGAGGUAGCAAUUUUAAGUAAUAUUAAAGUGAGAAAAUUUUCUCAUAAAAACUAGUGUGUUCUCCUUUUCGCAGCUCAUACAUAAUCUGUUAUUUUUUAUUUAAUUAACAGAAGUGAUGUGUGUAGAUAAAGAGAUAUUGCGCUUCGUUUUAAUGAUUUCUGUCAUUCUCUCCCUUGCACGUGCUCUUUAAUGACAUACAUAAUUAAUAACCAUAAUUAAUUGGAAAUUUGUUUAUAUGUGCAUUGAUACUUUUUGUGUUCU